ACUUUGUGGAUGUUCGUUCUUGUUGAAAAGAUAUUAUUUAUAAUUAAUUAAAUAAAUAAUAAAAAAUCUUUAUAAUUUAAAAAGUAAAUUCAAAUAUAAAAAACUACACAAGUUAUAUUAAAUCUAUAUAAAAAGAAAAUCUGUGUCUAUUGUUGACAAAAAUUGCAAAUUUGAGCAAAAAAGUUUAGAACGAAAAAAAAACUAAAUAAAGUGCAACGACCUUGAAAUCAGCGGCUUUGAUUUUCUUUUAGAUUUGGCUAAAAACGACACAAAAAAGUUACUAAAAUUGUGGUUAUCCAAAAAGUGCAACAGGACUACAAGUUUUCAUUAGAAGAAAACUUUAACAAAAAUAGAAAAGAUAUCUAUUAUCUUGUAAAUUUAUUUGCUCAAUUACCACAAACUGCGAAAAGUACUAGCGUGUUUUUUUGUGUUAAUUAUUGUGUUUUUUUCUUACUAAAAAAAGUGUUCAUUCACGCUGUGAAUUUCUUUCCACUUUGCCUUUUUAUCUUGCCUAAUAUUUUGUGUAAUUAAUAUUUUUAUUAUUGUUGUUUACUUAACAUUUAUAUAUUGACAAAUACAAAUCCUUUAAUACCACGUUUUUAAUUAGCAAAAACGUCCGCCUAAAAAGUAAAUAAUAUAAAGAAAAUAAACAUUUGUUAUAAUAUUUAAUUUAAUUAACAAAUUCAACAAACCAACAGCAGCCCUAAAACUACAACAAUAAAAAUUAAAAUAAAAAAAAAACAACAAAACAUACGUUUGUUACAAACAUAAGACGCAGUGCCACCAUUAUUUACAUACGUUAAGGGAUUUCCAAACAACAACAACACAAUGUCACAAGGAGCAACAAUUGAUCAAGCCGGUGGAGAUCACCAUGUCCACUUUGAUGUCGCCACCUUAAAAGAUGACUUCGAAUCGGACAGUUGUGUAACGUAUCAACGUUCGGGCGAUACCAUAGUCAUUAGUCUGGGUUUUCUACAAGUCAAUCACAGAUAUAUGAUUGAUCUUAAACUGCCUAGCAAUUUAUUCAGUGAUCUAGGCAGUAGCCUAAAUCAAUUUCAACCUGAUGUUUCAACAGUUCCUAAUCUACAUUGUCGCAUUACCGAAUUCUCUGGUGUGAAACAUGAUGAACAUGAUUUCUACGAAAUGAAAAUAGAAUUUUUCGCCUACAAAGAGAAACUUUUGCGUGAAACAUUGCAUAUUGUUAAUUCGAAUAAUGAUAAGGAAGUGCUGAAAUUGCUAAUUGCUGCUCGAGUAUUGGGUAAGGGUAAAGGUACACCGAUGCUGCGUAAUGGUAUACAUUGUAUAGGUAUGGAAAAGGAUGAUGAUGAAUCAGAGGCUUCAGAUUUUCCCGGUUUUGGCAAGGAUACAUAAAUUGAGUUGAGUUUUGGGCGAAAGCGGGGAAGAGCUCACGACUUUAUUUAGUGAAAUAAAGCAAUUAAUUUUUAAUUGUUAAAUAUAAAAAGAAAAAUUUAAAA